CCGCCAGCUCAUCCCGGCCUGAGGCCGACCUCCCCGCCCGCCGCCGCGCCCCCGGGGCUCCGGGCCCCUCCGCGGCCGCUCAGCCCGGGUCCUCGACGGGCUCGCCCCGCGCGGCUGCGCUCUGCCUCCGAGUGCGCUCGUCGGGGCUCCGAGGCGUUGCGCGCACUGUACCCGCGACGGCCGGUCCGCCGCCCCCGGCCGCCCCGGGCCCCGGCCGCGCCGGAGCGCCCCCGGCCCGCGCAGGGGCGCCGACGAGGCGAAGGGGGCGGGCGGCCAGCGGGGCGACAGCUGGGGGGGCGGCCCUGACCUUCCUGCGAGAUCGAUGGGGCGCGGCCGGGCUGCGCGUUGCGCCCCCGGCCCGCCCCUCCUGGGCGCGCUAUAAAUGGGGCGGCGGGCCGGUGGCCGGGGCGCUCAGCACCCGCCCAGCCCCCGCCGCGCCCACCAUGGCCGCCGGGCCCUUCCUGCUGUUGCCGUUGCUCCUCCUGCCAGGCUCCGCCGCACGCCCCGCCGCCCCCAGGGCCCCCAGGCACUCCGACGGGAUGUUCACGAGCGAGCUCAGCCGCCUGCGGGAGCGCGCGCAGCUGCAGCGGCUGCUCCAGGGCCUGGUGGGGAAGCGCAGUGAUCAGGACUCAGAGAACAGCACCGCCUGGACCAAGGCUGCCCAGGGCCGCUCCUGCCUGCUGUGGUCGGAAGUGCCUGCCCCUCAGGCCUGGAUCCCCUUGAGGGACCAUCUGCAGAAGUCCUGGUCUCCCCCACUGCCGCCGCGACUGAGCUCUGGGGCAAUGGUUUCAGAGCCGGCCAGCCCUGCUGCAGCGACCCAGAUGGGGCCCUGAUGAAGAAGGCACCUUGCCCCUACCGAUGUGGAGCAGAGCCGAGCCUGGACGGGCAGGUGGAGCGGUUGCGGGGUUGCACU